ACAGUCCAUCUGGUGUUGCUGCCGAAGCAAAAUUUUCAGAAAGUUCUGUAAGAUCGCUUGAUGUACUUGGAGGUGGUGAUAAAGUUGAAGCAGGAGAAGAACAUUGGCCGUUAAUAAGUGAACACGAAAUAGAAAGAAACGAAAUUAGCAUAGUGCUAAAAACGGCCAUCAAAAACGAGUUUUAA